AUGAAGAUUGUUUUACGGACCGAAGAACGGAGGCUCGUACGCAGGCUUGAUGGACGUAUCCUCCCGCUGGCUUGUCUUCUCUAUCUGUUCGCGUAUCUCGACCGUUCAAAUCUCGGAAAUGCGCGUCUCCAGGGUCUCCCCCAGGAUAUCCUCAACGGCGACCCCACCGGCGUACUUUUUGACUGGAUAACUUCGGCUUUCUAUUUUUCAUAUAUUAUAUGCCAAAUCCCUGCUACAAUUGUCUCCAAGCUUGUUCCACCGCAUUACUGGCUUGCAGGAGCUGCUGUGGGAUGGGGUUUGUCGUCCACCCUUAUGUCGACAGCAUUUAACUUCGGCGGCUUGUUCACUGCGAGGGUGUUUUUGGGGAUCUUCGAAGCGGGUUUCGGGCCUGGUAUACCGUUGUAUUUCUCGCUCUUCUACACCAGAGAAGAAAUGGGUUUACGGAUGGCUUACUGGUUUGGCUUCGCUGCUGUUUCUGGCGCUUUCGGGGGACUCAUAGCCUUCGGAAUAUCAAUGUCGAACGUCACGAUCGCGCAUUGGAGACUGUUGCUCAUAGUAGAGGGUGUCCCUACCAUCAUCCUUGGAAUUAUCAGUUUCUUUUCGCUUCCGAAUCGGCCUGAAGUAACACAUCUCUUCAAUAGUAGGGAAAGGGAGCUCGCUAUCGCCAGAAUGAACAGAAGUGCAAGUGGAGAUGUCGGGAACGUUGUUAACAAAGCGCAUAUAUGGAUGGCUUUCCGUGACUGGAGGAUCUAUACAGGUGGUGUCAUCUAUUUCGGUCUCAAUUGUGCUUUGGCGUCGAUUUCAGCCUUCUUACCGACUAUUAUCCAAACUUUCGGAAACACCGCGGCCGUUGCACAACUCCUCACAGUACCUCCCUAUGCUGUUUCUGCCGUCGUAUUGACACUUUUCUCCUACGCAUCCGACCGCCUCCAAACGAGGGGCUGUUUCAUGGCCGUUGCAUCUACCAUCGGUGCCAUUGGAUACCUUUUACUUCUGACUGUAUCCUCAAACAAUCAUGUAAGAUACUUCGCCACAUUCUGCAUUACCAGCGGGACAUAUACUACCAUUGGCCUCAUUAUUGCCUGGUUCGCGCACAAUCUUGGUUCUGAAACGAAGAGGGCAACAGGUAUUCCAAUGUUUAUGGCAAUCGGACAAUGUGGUAGCGUGCUGGGAUCACAUAUCUUCCCCGAAACUGAGGGUCCCGAGUAUACAAAAGGAUUUGCAAUUUCGUGUGCGCUUGAAUUCUUAGCUGCUAUUUGUGCGAUUAUACUACACUUCUCGUACCGCCUUGAGAAUAAACGGCGAAACAUUUGUUACGGAAUUCCGGACUACAACGUACGGGUCGACACUAGUGAGGUGGCUGACAAGGCGCCGGAUUUCAGAUAUGUUACCUAG